AUGCUUGAGCGUGAAGACUGCAACGUCAUUUUGGUUGACUGGUCCAGAGGGGCUUCGUUCCCCUAUAUGCAAGCCUCUGGAAAAACUAGACUUGUAGGGGCUCAGAUAGCUAUGCUUAUAAAGUUCCUGAUUUCUACAAAUGCUGGUUCUCCUGAUUUGGCUGAUCGAUUCUACAUUGUGGAGUUUAGUCUCGGGGCACAAAUCGCCGGAUACGCUGGGACAAAUUUGCGGGGCCAUGGCAUGAUGCUAGGUCGAAUAACGGGUACGCACGUUGCUUAAUGGUCAUGGGCCUGUAUCUCGUCAAAAGCGCUCAUAACAAGUCACGGGAUAGGAAAGCUGUUGUUGUUUACAUUCAAAAUAGGGAUCUCAAAAGUUUUUUCAGAAAAGAUGAUAAAACUAUCAGUUAACAAAACAAAAAGGACUGGCUUGUUAGCUCGGAUCAUUGCUCUUAUUCUUCUGAUCUUGUCCCGCGAAGGGUUUAUUUGGCUACAAUAAAGGGAGUUUUCCAUUGACAACUACCCUUCAAUUUUGUUGAAGUGAUAUGACAGUGAUUAAACAGCCGAAUGCUUGAACUUGUAAAUGUAAUACGCCGAUCCAUUUGUAACUCAACCCAAUUAAUUUGGCAUAAGGUGUUUUAAACUUAUCUCUGUUGCGAGAGCGGAGGGAGUUUUUAGCUAUAGAUAACUCUCUUUUGCAAGAAAUUAUUUCAUGAUUCGGAAAGGAAUUUGAAGCUUUUUAUCCAAGAAUAUUUUUCGGCUUAUAUAGGCUUAGAUCCUGAGGGACUAUACUCUUUAGCUACACAGACCCUGAGGUUAGACUCGAUCCUAGCGACGCUUGUUUUGUUGACGUCAUUCACACAGACGCAGGUCUUCUUGGAACUUCACAAAACGUCGGGGAUGUUGACUUUUAUCCAAAUGGAGAUUCAAGACAACCUGGUUGUUAUUUUGGUUUUAUUGGUAAGCUUCAAACUAUAGUUUUAAUAUAGGGUGGUAGCUAGCAAAAGGUAAAAAGGAGCUUGCCUUGAUGAGCUUUUAGCCCAUUCAUACAUGUGCAUGCCCCACAAAUCCUCGUGUUCAGCAUUAGCGCUCCCUAUAAUUAUAGAAACUUUUAGUCGCCUGCAACAGAGACAGCCCAAUGAAAAUCAUCCCUCGUUUCUUUUCCUUAUUUUCAGAUCUCAUAAGAAAGG